AUGUAUGAGUGGCUCUUGCAAGAGGGAAUUUCGACUCUUUACUCGAUUCAUCCCCAAGUGCCCAAGCAAAUCAAGGCUGUUCCAAAGCUUGAAAACAUCCACGUCCGAAAGUAUCCAUACGAACAACUGAAAUGCGAUGAGCUUCUCGCUUUCGUGGAAAAGAUUAAUGAUGCCCGUCUUCGUGGCAAGAAAAUCGCGUUUCACGAUGCGGAUGGAACUGGCCAUGCAGCUAUGAUUGUUGCUGCUUUUCUUCAAAAAGAACAUCCAAUCCGACCAGCUGAGAUUCUUGAGAAAAUCCGCGAGAUUCAGCCAGGCGCAGUUCCAAACUACCAACAAGAGGAAAGCGUUCUUAUUUUAGCGAUUAAUUUUGUUGAUUUUUUUCACUUAAUUUUUUGUUGA